CUUAUUGUGGCUAGCUUCACAUAGAUGAAAUAUACGUGGUGGAGAGAUGUGCUGAAACUCCUUUCGGUUCAUCCAAAAAGAUCUCUCAAGCUGCCAAUAGCAUUCCCGAAAUAACAGAAAUAUCACUGGAAUGAGCAGGCUGAGGCAGGGAGAUGCCUUACGUGGAUCGGCAGAACAGGAUCUGUGGCUUCCUGGACAUCGAGGAGAAUGAGAACAGCGGCAAGUUCCUCCGACGCUAUUUCAUCCUGGACACCAAGGAGGGUAGCCUGGUGUGGUACAUGGACAACCCACAGAACCUGCCCAAAGGAGCUGAACAUGUUGGCUCCCUCAAACUCUCUUACAUCUCAAAGGUGAGUGAUGCCACCAAGCUGCGACCGAAGGCGGAGUUCUGCUUCGUCAUCAAUGCUGGUAUGAGGAAGUUCUACCUCCAGGCCAACGAUCAGCAGGAUCUGGUAGAGUGGGUCAACGUGCUCAACAACGCCACCAAGAUCACAGUGCCAAAGUCGGGGGACGGCCAGCCCAGUGCAGAGAUGCCUCAGGAGGUGCUGGGUUCCAUGAAGCAGAUCUCCUAUAAGACGGAGAUCAUAGGAGGGGUACCCAUCAUCACUGCCACACAGGAGCAGGGCGACGGGGGGCAGAACGGAGCAGACAGGGGGGGCCUGCGGAAGGCCCACAGCCAGCUGCCCUACUUCCUGGGGCGGGGGGUGCAGGACCAGGCGCUCAUCAAGGCUGGAUACUGUGUCAAGCAAGGAGCCCUGAUGAAGAACUGGAAGAGGAGAUACUUCUUACUGGAGGAGAACGCGGUCAGCUACUUUAAGUCAGACCUGGAGAGAGAGCCACUGCGUGUGAUCCCACUGAAAGAGGUUCACAAAGUUCAGGAGUGCAAACAGAGUGACUUAAUGCAGAGGGACAAUCUAUUUGAAGUGGUCACUAGCUCAAGGACCUUUUACAUACAGUCGGACAGUCCAGAGGAGAUGCACAGCUGGAUAAAGGCCAUCUCUGGAGCCAUUGUGGCCCAGCGGGGGCCUGGACGCUCAGCUGCCUCUAGAGUCAAAUUUGACAGUGAGAUACUAACAUUUCCCAAGUGAGCUCUACUGUACAUUCAAUGUCUGCUGUACCACCACUGUCUGUGCUGCCAUCCUCCUCCUUCAACUACAUCUGCUGCCUCAGUCUGCCGCUGCUUCCCCUCCAGCUUCCUCCACUACUCCUCUUUGCUCCUGCACCACUAUAGAUACUACCACUGCUUCAACUACUGCUGCUGCUGAUGCUGUCCUACCUCCCUUUGCCACCCUGUGCCACUGCCCCUGCUACAGCUCUGUGACUGACCUGACUGACUCCCCUGCAUCCAGUGCUUCUGAAUCUGAAUGACUUUGUCCCCCUCCCUACCUCCGUUCCCUCCCCCCAACACU